UGCCCCUCUCACUUACUACUCCCAAACAACAUAUACGGGAUACAAUGAAGAAUCACCUACAAAUUGCUUGGAUGCUAGUUUUGAUGGUAACCUUGAAGGCCACUUGCAAUAAGAUUGAAGCUUUCGUGAAAAACAACCAUUUAUAUCUGACAUGCAAAGUCGAUGAAAAGGGAGAAAGUUUUCUUUGGACCCAUGAUACAAAAAAUAUAGAUUUGUUUAACAAAACCCUGGAUUUGGGCUCAGUGUGGAAUGACCCCCGUGGAAAUUAUGUUUGCAAAGCAACAGAGGAUGGUACUGAGGCAUCUAUUGAGGUAUUUGUGCGAAUGUGCCAGAACUGUAUAGAGAUGGAUACCGGGACCAUAUCUGGAUUUAUUAUAGCGGACAUCAUAAUGAUAGGGCUUAUUGCCAUAGCUGUAUAUUGUGUUUCUGGCUCGGAGACUCGCAGACCAGCACGAGCAUCUGACAAGCAGAAUUUGCUCCAAAAUGAUCUUUACCAACCUCUUGGACAAAGGUCAGAGGAUACUUAUAGUCAUCUUAACUCGCGCUAAUCAUUUUGGUUUAGAGUUACUCAGGCAUAGUUCAUCAGUGAUUAAUAUGAAUUAUGGACUAUAACAAUGAUAAACUCUUAUGAGGAUCGGCAAGUUGUAAAUGUAGAGACACUGUUGUAAAAGAAAAUAUAAAUCUGCAUUUGAACGUAACAUCAAAUACUGGGGUUCCUUCUCAGCCUUAGCUAUAAAUCUAUACAGCAAGCAAUGUCACAUAAAUAUUGUCCUGUAUUACAUAAAGUUUGAUCUUGUUUUUGCUUUUGACUAAAUAAAUGCAUACAAAUAA